CUCAACUUGCACUGGGGAGGUUCAGGUUGAAUAUUAGGAAAUAUUUAUUCUCAAAUAGGAGUGAUGAGGCACUGGCACAGGCCAGGGAGAUGGUGGUGUCACCGUCCCUGGAGGUGUUCAGGAAAUGUAUGGAUGUGACACAGAAGCAUGGUUAGUGGGCAUGGUGGAGAUGGUUGGACUAGAUGGUCUUUCUACCUUAAUGACUCUAUGAAUCUUUAUUAGCACAGUGACUCUAAAGGUUUUGUUACGUCUGUUGUAGGGCUGUUGAGAAGGGUGACUCAUUAGCAGAAGAUGGAAGAGUGAAUUUUGUUAACAGGCCAUGGAGAUUAAAAGGCUGUUUGUGGAGAGCUCUGAUGGACAUGAGGCAUCCCAGCUUUGGAAACCAAGUUUCAUUUCCUUCACAACCAGCUGGUUUUAAUCUCCUGCACAAUGUUUUCAGUAUUUCAUGUGUGACUCAUGUAUAACUUACAGCUGAUUUCAUUUUCACUAACGGAAGUGGAGAGGUGUGUGAUGUGUUUUGGUUUUGUUAUUUGGUUUGUUGAUUUUGUUUUAUUUUUCUUGAAUGUUGAUGAUUACUCCAGGCCUGGCUUGAGGCUUUGCUACUUUUUCUAGGGAGAGUUUCUGUAUGCAAACAUCGGUAGGUAGAGUUCCCAGGUCUUCAACAAAUGUGUUCUUAUCGUUGUCUUUUUUUCUUAUACGGGUAUGGGGAAGAAGAGGAAAAGAGGCUUAGUACUUAAUUUUUUUUGUGUAGCAAACUCCUCCACUUCAUUUGAUACCACCACUUUUUUCCUGUGGGUGUUUUCAUGGCUUCUUGCAUUUUUAUAGAAGAGAAGGCUUUCUAACUAGGAUUGUAUUGGCCUAGGUAGCAUAUAGUUCUAGAGGACUCCUGACUAGUGACAUUAGUGUAUGUAUUUGCCUACUCUAAAUGUAAUUUCUGUUGAUGUAGUUUAUAACACUUUAGAGAACGAGGUAUCCUUUUCUGGCAGAACUAUACUUUCUUCAUUACUAAUGCUGCGUUUAGCAGAAACAUGGCUUAAGACCUUCCUAACUUCUGUCUUUACUAUGAGAAAGUUUUCCUUACAGAAUUAACCUGUCAUUUGUCUUUUAGUUCUAUUAUUUUAUGUCCAUGUAAACUAAUUUAGUUACAGAGGCUUUAAAAUCAAUGUUCAGCAAAACAGGCUGUGGGAUUUUGACAUAUUCUUCUGUAAUUGUCUUCGGACAGCAAUGACUUUGCUUGUCUAACGCAAACACUGUCCAGAGAAAUUCAGCGCUGAGAGAGUUAUUGGCAUCUUGCAAUUUAUAGGACUGUAAGUUUAGUAGUUUUGAAGGGAGAUCCAUUUAAAAAUUCUACCAGUUCCUCAGAGUUGCGCUUUUCUUAUCCUUGUUCUGGAAGCUCUCAUUUAAAAGAAGCCUGUUUGAUUGAAAUGCAGCAAAGUAUUUUUCGAUGUAUAAUACUUAAUGUAGAAAAUCGAGAACUUCAUCUUAGUAAAAACAUUAAGGCACUAAAAAACUAAUGGUUUCUGAACUGCAGUAGAGUAGAAUUGUUUGCUUUGGUAUAUCUACUCUGAACCCAAAUGGUUUUAUUUUUCCUACAAAUACCUAUGACAACUCAGGAAUAGUUUGCAGUUUGGAUACUUACUGGGCACUCUGAUUCUUCUAGCAAUGACUUUGAUGGUACAGCAUUAUCACCAUUUGACAGCUCAUGUGAUUCUCCACCUUGACAAUUAAUUAAUGAAGUCAUACAUCUGAAAAGGGCAAGCAUAUCAGUAAAUGGCAGCAAUAGUAUUGCAAGAAUUGCUACCUCUUAUGAUAAAUUGCCCCAAAUCUCAUUUCUGGCUGACCGAUUCAUUUGUGUUAGAGACUUAUUAAAUGUCAGCAUCUUUCUGACUGUAUACCAUUGCUUGGUACUGAAUACUUCUUUGCUGUUAAAUAUGAGGAGAGAAUGUUAUUUGAAAGGCUUAACAAUCUUUAUUGUUGCUUCUUCAUAGGUAAAUAGCAAUUGUAGAAAAGUCAGAGGAACCAGUUACAGGUUUGUCUGGCCCUAAUUUUUGAGGGGACCAGCAGCAUAAUAAGCUGAUGAAAUUCCAUCAUUCCUCAUAUGCUAAUAACUGUGUCUUGUAUAGGUCAAAUGUAGGGGAAUUCCUACACAUAUCUUAAGUAUUUUUUCAAAUGUAGAGUCAGUUCUGAGAAUUGUUUUCUGAGGCAUAAUUUUUUUAAGUUUGUUCUGACACUUCCACAUUUUUUUUAAAAAAUUAUUAAAAUGAAUUUACAUUUGUAUUGAGUUUCUUUGGUCUGCAAGUCAAAUUUACUCUGAAUGUCUUGGCUCUUAGUCUUUACAGGAAGCACUGGGCCAGAACCUUAGAAGUGGAGGAGUACAGGGAUUGUCUGCUGCUUGACAGCUAGCUGCUAUGACUGUGAUGGUUGGUACAGGAGUGGAAUGCAUUUGGGUCAUUGUGUAACUUUUGCAAACUUGUGCUGUUGAGAGCACCUGAAGAUGUAGCUAGAUGCAGAUAUGAAACCUGAUGCUCUGGGUCCUCCUGUUGGGGAUGGCUGCUUGUUGGAUGGCAUUUCAGUAGGACUAUGGAGGAGCUGGUUCAUGAUCUUGUCUCAGCACUGGAAGAAAGUUCAGAGCAAGCCAGAGGAGGUUUUGCUGAUACUGGAGAUCAUUCUCGAAGUGUCUCUUGUCUUCUGAAGCGACAGGCAAGAAAAAGGAGGGGACGAAAAAGACGUUCGUUUACCACCCAUCAUCCUUGGGAAACUGGUCACUGUUUAAGUGAAGGUUCUGAUUCCAGUUUAGAAGAAUCAAGUAAAGAUUACAGGGAGAAUCAUACUAACAAGAAAGACCACAGUGACUCUGAUGACCAGUUGUUGAUUGCUAAACGUAGGCCUUCCUCAAACUUAAAUAACAUUCGGGGCAAAAGACCUCUAUGGCAUGAACCAGAUUUGGCUGUGGACAAUUUAGGAAACAGAACUUUGCGCAGGAGAAGAAAGGUUAAACGGAUGGCGAUAGAUCUGCCAUCAGAAGUUUCUAAUGCACUGACAAUAACUCAACAGCAGGAUAACAGAGAUCAAGAAAUGGACAAUGACAAUAAAUCAUACCAACAUCAAGAGUUUUCUAAGAGCAAAGUGAAAAAAAGAAAAGUAGCUGCUGUUCGACAAGGACCAGAAAUCUUGGAUGAAGGAGUAGUAAUAGAAAAUGAAGAAAUGAACCAAGCAAAUAAGGACAAAAUGGAGUAUGAGGAGCAAAAGGGCUCAGAUGAGAACAUGAGCGACAGUGAAUCCAGCAGUCUGAGCAGCAGUGAUGCUGGUUUGUUUACCAAUGAUGAGGGAAGACAAGGUGAUGAUGAGCAGAGCGAUUGGUUUCAUGAAAAUGAAUCUGGUGGAGCAUGUGGCAUUACGGGGGUCAUUCCUUGGUGGGAGCAAGAAGACUCUACAGAACUGGAGAGAGAAUUGCCUGACCCAGUCUUUGAAAGUAUCUUAACUGGUACUUUCCCCCUCAUGUCCCAUUCUGGGAGGAGAGGUUUCCAGAACAGAUUUAGUCAUCUUCAUGGAAUGCCAGGAAGAAACACAAAAAAGGCUUCAGGAAACCAAAAUGCAUUGAUAACUCCAGGACCAGGCGGUAGCAGAAAGACAAUUCACUUGUCCCAGGAUUCUCUUCACCAUGACCAUUGGUUUAGCCCUGGGGCUAGGAAGGAACAUAGCCAGCUCUUGCGAGACAACCGAUCAGACAGAGGACACAAGAAGAACAGCUCUGUAAAAACAGCUAGCAGGCAAACCAGUGUGCAUUUAGGAUCAUUGUGCAUGGGAGACAUCAAACGGAGAAGGAAAGCUGCUCCCCUGCCAGGACCCACAGGGUUUGUAGGUGAAAACACCCAACCAAUCCCAGAAAACAACAUUGGAAACCGAAUGCUUCAGAGCAUGGGCUGGACUCCUGGCACCGGCCUUGGACCAGACGGUAAAGGGAUAGCAGAGCCAAUACGAGCCAUCCAGCGACCAAAAGGACUCGGACUUGGAUUUAGCUAACAGAAAUGCACUCUGACUGCCAAGUAAAAGUAAAGAUUGAAAAUAAUUUAAAAAGACGAGAAUUGCAAACUUGUAUUAUUUGUUAUGAUCAGCAAAUCCAGUUGUUCUUCUCUUAAAGAUCACUGAAGCCUGUGUGCUUCACAUCAGCUACUCCAGCUGCAAGGUACAGCCGCAGUGACAGAACUGGCAUUUGGAUUGAAUUUUACAAUGGUGCUAAAAUGUACAAACUCUUGUACUUUUUUAUUUUCUCAGAUCUUAAAGUUUGUAUUAAGCAUAAAAUUCAGUAUAUUCACUUCUUUUCAUAGAACCUUCUGACACAGCAGAUUUUAGUAUAUAAGCAUUUUUUUUUUUGUAAGUAUAAUUUCAUCUCAAAAGCCUUGAUAAGGUAUGUCAAGGAAAAUUGAACUUUAUAUAGUAAUUGUGUUUUCCCCCUUUUCAGGCAAAGUUUCCAAACCUGAUAUUUCUAGUGUUUAACGGUAUUGGAGGAUAAACUGUCAUUUUGCCUGUAAGGUUAUACAUGUUUUCCGCUGGAAGGUGAUAUGUUAUACAGUUUUGUAUAAGAGCAUGAAAAAUGGUUUUGUCAUCAUAGGAAUGCCAUUUCAACAUCAUUAUCUGGCAAUGUCUUCCACAUUCAAGCUCAAAAGUAAAGCUUUUAUACUUGUUUUUACAUUUGCAGGAUUAUCUUUUUCAGCAGAUAUUUUAAAAUUUUAAAGUUUAUUCUGAGUGUGGAUAUCUCUUUAUAUGAAUAACCCUUAGCAUGUCCACAUUUAAGAAUAUAUUUCAACUUUGAACCAGAAAGUUGUAUUUUAAAGUUGCCUCUGUCUGUCAGUGUUCAUAUGCUGGGAUUUGUUUUUUUAAACAAUGCAGUGUUCAACAUUUGUUUUGUGAUUGUGCUGGUGCCAGUGAGCCACAAUGUUUAAGGAACGUAAAGUAACUGAAAAAGGACAAGAAGUGAGAUUAGGGUGGAGGAAAGGAGGGAAAAAGAUACUUUGAUAGCAUCUCACACAUCCAAGCUAGCAAUUUAAAAUCAAGAAGGAUCAUUAAGUGUUUUAAUCAGUAUUCUAAUGUAUCUAAUAUCAGCAGAAGUAAUUUCAUUAAGCAGCAACCAAUCAAGCUCCCAGGGCACUAUUGGUCUGUAGUACAAAACAAAUUCCACUUUAAAAUUAAAUGAUAGGGCUGAAGAAAAUGGUUGUACAGAUGGACUAAGGAGAAAAUCUUGCACCUGCUGUAGUAGCUAGCAAUAUUUACUUUGAUUGCAGAGGGAACGGGAUUUGAUUCUUCGGUUUCUUUUUCUUUCCUCUCCUUGCUACCAAACUGCUUAGAAAAAUACUUACCUGCAGAUUAUUGCAAAGAUAAUUCUUGAGAAUAAGGGGAGUGCAGCUUCCUUCAUGUGACUGUGAAAUAUAUUGAUGAAUUUUAAGAAAUAUUUUUUUCACUGGUCUUUUUCUCUCAGCUUCACCCAUUUUUUUUCAGAAAAACAAUGCUAGGAAAUAUAGCAGCAUUGUAACAUGGAAUUUUCUUAAAAGUUAUGUUCAGUCUUUCCAGUGUGAGUACUGUCAAUUUGGGAACAUUAUUUCACAACUUAUAUAGUGUAGAGUAAAAGAUUAGUACCUAAUGUUGUUUUUAAUGAUAGCUGAGUGCAGAUGUUCUCUGAGUUUCAGAAGAGCCAUUUAUUGCUCUUUGAAUCCUUGAUAUCAUUGUGUGAUUUUGCUUUCUAAUAUUCUAAGAAUUUUCAAACAGACUUGACAUUUAUAAUCAGUGCAAACUUUUUAUGGAAGGCUUUGGAGCAUAGCAUAAUGUGUGUUGGAUGCUUCUAAUAUCUCUUACACAACCAAACCAAGUUAAAUACAUUCCAUACCCAAAGAAUUCCAGGACCACAUUAUUGCAAAGAACCUAGAAUUCUGCAGACGGCAGAGGUGCUCACUUCUGUAUUUGUUAUUUACAGUAAUAGAUUUAUAUGGCACACUCCCAUUCUUUCAGUGCAAUGCCCUAUUAAGGGCAACUGAAUUCUCAAGACCUCUUUGAUUUGUACACCACAGUCAGAAAUCCCUUAAAAUCUUUUCAACGUGUCAAUUAAGGACAGAAAGUGAAUUUAUUAGUUCUGGUUGUUUUAACUCUGUUUGGAAAUCUGCAAAGGAAAAUUCGUUCUUUAAAUUUCAUUCUUGUUCUUUGGUUACAACUCUUGACAUAUCUUGUGUUGGAAAUUGUAAGUAUGACAUAUGUAAUGCUAUUUCAAGUAUUUGUGUGCAUUUUACCACAGUAGUAUUUCCUCAAGAAAUCUGUCUCCAGCUUUAGAAGUAUUUGAACAUAUUUCCUGUUUUAAAAAGACAAGAGGAUACUUGUUGAGAGAAAACUUGUUUUGCCCUUUUGACUCUUUAUUCAUUCAUUCUUACAAGUACAUUGAAGUAUAAAAAUGGUCCUAAUGGAAGAACUAUUUAGUCUGAUCAUAAAUCUUAUAACUCUUCGUAGAAUCAUAGAAAGGUUUGAGUUGGAAGGGGCCUUUAAGAUUAUCUAGAUCCAACUCCCCUGCUAUAGUCAGGGACGCCUCCCUCUAGACCGGGUUGCUCACAGCCCCAUCUGUCUUGGCCUUGAACACCUCCAGGUUUUGGGCAUCCACAGCCUCUCUGGGCAACCUGAUCCAGUGUCUUACCACCCUCACAGCAAAGAAUCUCUUACCAAUGUCUAGUCUAAAUCUACCCUCUUCCAGUUUAAAACCAUUUCCCCUCAUCCUGUCACUAUAUGCCCUUAUAAAAUGGCCCUCCCCAGGUUUCCUGUAGGCCCCCUUCGGGUACUGGAAUGGUACUAUAAUGUCCCCCUGCAGCCUUCUCUUCUCUAGGCUGAAAAGCCCCAACUCUCUCAGCCUGUCCUCGUGGGGAAGGUGCUCCAGCCCUCUAUUCGUCUUUGUGGCCCUCCUCUGGACCUGCUCCAACAACUCCACGUCCUUCCUGUAUUGGGAGCCCCAGAGCUGGACACAGUACUCCAGGUGAGGUCUCAUGAGAGUGGAGUAGAGGGGCAGAAUUACCUCCCUUGACCUGCUGGACAUGCUUCUCUUGAUGCAACCCAGGAUACAGUUGGCUUUCUGGGCUGCAAGCGCACAUUGCCAGCUCAUGUUGAGUCUUUCAUCAACUGACACCUCCAAAUCCUUCUCCUCAGAGCUGAUCUCAAGCCAUUCAACCCCCAACCUGUGUCUGUGCUUGGGAUUGCCCUGACCCAGGUACAGAACCUUUUACUUGGUCUCAAUGAACUUCAUGAGGCUGGUAUGGCCCUACCUCUCAAGCCUGUCCAGGUCCCUCUGGAUGGCAUCACUUCCCUUUAAUGUGUCAACUGCACCACUCAGCUUGGUGUCAUCUGCAAACUUGCUGAAGGUGCACUUGAUCCCACUGUCCACUUUGCCUACAAAGAUGUUAAAUGGCACCUGUCCCAACACCAAUCCCCAAGGAACACCACUCAUCACCGAUCUCCACUUGGACAUUGAGCCAUUGCCUGCAGUUCUCUUAGUGCAACCAUCUAGCCAGUUCCUUAUCCUGUGAGUGAUCCAUCCAUCAAAUCUAUUUUUCUCCAGUUUGGUGGCCAGAAUGUUGUGUAGGACCAUGUCAAAACGCUUUGCACAAGUCUAGGUAGAUGACAUCAGUUGUUCUUGCUUUAUCCACUGAUGCUGUAACUUCAUCAAAGCCCACCAAGUUUGUCAGGCAUGACUUGCCCUUGGUAAAGCCUUGUUUAAGCCUAAAAUCACUUCGCCUUUGUUUUCUAUGUGCCUUAGUAGGGCCUUCAGGAGGCUCUGCUCCAUGAUCUUGCCAGGCACAGAGGUAAGACUGACUGGCCUGUAGUUCCCUGGAUCUUCUUUUUUUCCUUUCUUGUUAAUGGGGGUUACAUUUGCCAUUUUCCAGUCCAGUGGUAACUUCACCAGAUUGCCACGACCUUUCAGAUAUGAUGGACAGUGGUUUGGCAACUUCAUCUGCCAGUUCCCCCAGAACCCGUGGAUGGAACUCAUCAGGUCCCAUGUUUUUUUCUUUUAUAUUAGUCUGUUCGAAAUUAUUAGACAUUAAAACCAUUCAAAUUGAUUUUGCUAUGGAGAUAAGUACACCUUGACUGUUUUCCAACAGUGUUUUUAGAUGCCGCAGCUAAUGGUCAGCUGCAUCUUCUAGAAGCUAUAGAAGAAAUUGAUUUAUUAGAAUAUUUUAAUAUCGUGUUUUGAGGUAAUUUAAUGUAGUAAAAUUCCCAUUCAGAAUCACACUAUCAUUUUUCCACUUCUCAGAGGUGUGAUUUAUGAUAUUCCAGUAGUGUAAUUUUGCAGUAUUAAGGCUAGCAUUAGGAAAAAAAAGAUAAAAAAAAAUCAUUGUGGUUUCAUUUGUUUUGACUUUUUUAAGCCGCUGCAAUGUUUGUUGGCUUUGAAACAAGUUGAAGUACUUGGUUUUUCCCUUCAGAUUUUUCCCAUGCAUGACUUAAAAUCAUCUUCUAUGUAAUUUACAAUCACACCUGCUAUAAAACUGGUUCACAUUAUUUUACAGUACAUGUAGAAGUAUUUCCAGUAAGAAUUCCUACUGACUAUGAUACUGAAGGUUUUUAUGCAUACAUAGAUAUGGGUUCACCUUAUAUCUUAUAAUUGGUUGUUAAGAUGUUAACAUAAUAUUCUGCCUAUGCAGAAUGUUUAGUAAAAAGAAGACACAUCCAGUAUUAUCGGCAUUGCAUUUUGCUACAUUCCAUUGUGUCUCAGAGUUCUGUGAAUUAAGCCAUUAACUGUUAAUAGAAGAAACACAUGGGCAGUUGCUGGCAGAAUCCUGUUUUUAAGUAAAUAUUUGUUGAAGUCAGAGAAGCAUUAUCAAUGUGCUUAUUUUAACAAGUUUGUCCCUGCAUUUGUCUUUCUUCAACUAGGUCAUUAAUGGGUGUAGAAUGGCAGUAAAUAGCUAAAUAAUAUGUAUUGAAUGCUUUGCUUUAACAGCACAAAUGCAAGAUGAAAUAAAAUAAUUACACUCCA